CAGCUAGUUUGUGUAUAUGUUUAUGUUUGUAUAUAAUAAGGCUACAUGAACAUAACCCAGAAUGUUUGUCUACUUCAUCCUGACUAGACAAGUGACACAGACCAAACAGAGAAACAUAAGAGAUGCUAGCUCUUAGAAAUGCUUUCAACUCUCUGAAUCAUUUGUGAUCCAUGGGACCUGUUCAAAUGUUUACAGAGAGUACCGUAGUGAUGUGCUACAUAAACAGGAUGGUGUUAGGCUAAGGAUCCAAAUUCUUCAUCACCCUCUCCCACCUGCUUUAUUUCUAAAGGUGGCUCUAAGUAUAGCCGAUGAAUAUCCGUUAUAUUCCCUGCAGAUCUGUAAUGCAUCUGUGGUGUUUACAACAACAGACUUCCCUGAGAGAAUUUUCAUCCUGAUUACAUUGUUAAUGAAAACAGAACUAAAGACCACUUUGUUUCCAUAAGAAUUUGGAUAUUUUUGUGCAAGCAACAUGAACCGUUACACCACAACAAAGCAGCUAGGAGAUGGGACCUAUGGCAGUGUGCUUAUGGGAAAAAGCAAUGAAUCUGGUGAACUGGUUGCUAUCAAGAGGAUGAAAAGAAAGUUCUAUUCCUGGGAUGAAUGUAUGAACUUGAGGGAAGUUAAGUCCCUUAAGAAGCUAAGCCAUGCGAAUGUGAUUAAACUGAAAGAAGUAAUCAGAGAAAAUGAUCAACUUUAUUUUGUAUUUGAAUAUAUGAAUGAAAACUUAUACCAGCUAAUGAAAGACAGAGGAAACAAGUUAUUCACAGAGACUGAAGUAAGGAACAUGAUGUUCCAAGUUCUUUCUGGCUUGGCUUUUAUACACAAACAUGGCUUCUUUCAUCGGGAUAUGAAACCUGAAAACUUGUUGUGCAUGGGUCCAGAACUUGUCAAAAUAGCUGACUUUGGUUUGGCCAGAGAAAUACGGUCACAGCCUCCCUACACAGACUAUGUAUCGACUAGAUGGUACCGUGCUCCAGAAGUACUACUGAGAUCAUCUGUUUAUAGCUCUCCAAUUGAUGUUUGGGCAGUUGGUUGUAUAAUGGCAGAGCUAUAUACACUACGACCACUUUUUCCAGGAAAAAGCGAAGUAGAUCAAAUCUUUAAAAUUUGCCAAGUAUUAGGAACUCCAACAAAGACUGAUUGGAAUGAAGGGUACCAGCUUGCUGCUGCUAUGAAUUUUCGUUUUCCUCAAUGUGUUUCUACAAACCUAAGAACGCUUAUCCCUAAUGCUAGUAAUGAGGCUAUAAAGAUCAUGCAAGACAUGCUCCAGUGGGAUCCAAUGAAAAGACCAACAGCAAGCCAGGCACUUAAGUACCCAUACUUUCAAGUAGGACAAGCAUUGGGACCCCCUUUGCAGUAUUUACAGCAGCAACAGAACCAGACACAUUCUCAGGCUGUCAAAAAAACAGUGUCUUCAACUGAGCCAAAACAAAUAUCUGCAUUAAAAUCAGAUUGGCAGUCUUCUCCCAAGAUUCUAGCUCAAGCACAGCCUUCAUCACAGUCAAGGGUUACCCCUCUGCCCUUGCAGCAGGUGUCACAGAACCAGCAACUACCAAAGCAUGAGCCAACAGCACUGCUACCUGCCAUUAAUUCAGACACCCCAUCUAAGCCAGCAGGAAGAAAUGAAAACAGCCCAUUUGGCAUCAAAAGUACAAGAAGGCGCUGGAGUCGAACUGUAGUGCAAACCAUGGACAGCUGGGAUGAUUUUGAUGACAAUGAGCUUGGAUUGUCUUUUUCCAAAAGGCCAAGUAUAUCAGUAUUUAAGGAGAAGAAAAAUACAGAACCUUUUAGUAGUGCUCAUGGACCAGCAUCUGACACAGAAAACAGACUUCCAAACAGCAACACAUUGAACAGAAUUGAAUCAGGAUUAUCAAUUUCCAAACCAGCAAGACAGCACUACCUAAGACAGUCCAGAUACCUUCCUGGUGUAAAUCCAAAGAAUACAUCUCUAGUUGAGACUAUUAAAGACAUGACAUCAAACAACUGGGGUAAUCAGUUCGCUUACUCAACCAAACCACUUGGUCCUAUUGGGGCAGGACUGACUGUUAGUCGAGCUAAUGCAGGAACUAUUGGAGGGCUUGGAGGAUCUGCCUUUAACCAAAUGGGAUAUAUUCCUUCAUUUCACAAAAAAGAAGUUGGGUCAGCUGGACAAAGGAUUCAGCUGGCACCUAUUGGCGGUCCAUCAAAUUACGAAUCAUGGAAGGCCAAAGCUCGGCCACAGUUACCAGGUCCUGCAUACAAUGCAGCUGCAAAGACCUUUCUAGCACACCCAUCUCCUCUGCAGCCUGUGCAUGGAAGAACAGAUUGGGUAGCCAAGUAUGGUGGCCAUCGAUAGCAAACCAGUUGGACUUAUCUUGUUUGGUUCCCACUGUAACAGUGAAACUGAGGCAGCAAAUCUGUAGACCUCCAUAUGUAACAUCCUCAUAACAUGUUAGAUGCCUAUACAUAUUUUUUUUUACACCUGAUCUUGAAUAAAUUGCACAUUAAUCAUACUUAUUUUAGCUGUAGAUUAAGCAUAGAAUAUUUUUAUUUUUGAUGCAUAAACUGCUUGCCAAAGCUGUUUCUUUUGGAUGAUUGUUUUUAGGAUAAUUAGGUUGAAAUAUUAGUGUGUCUACAGAAGCAGUUUCUUUUCUGCUGUGUGGCACAUACACUGUGGGUGUACUUUCCUUGUUUAAAAAUCUUCUAAGCAUUAUUGAAGUAACACUGCAGAAAACAGAAACUGUUAAAUUACUGUGCUAUUAUACUUUGGGGCAUACUUUUGUAAAGUUUUACAUUUUUACAUUUCAAUAAAUAAGCAAUUAUUUGUAUUUAUAAAUUUAAAAUAUUUUAAACAAAUUAAUUUUUUCGUCAUUUACUGAUGUGGGCUUUAUGCAAUAAUGUUUUAUAUUAGUCUUUCGAGCCUGCAAUGAUAAGAAGGGGGUAUCUGCAUUUUCAUAAGUUAUUUACAAAGUGACAGACCUGCAGAAUAGGCUGUGUAUAUGUUUACUGUCUUAUAGAUAACAAUAUACUUUUAUAAUUUUUGUGUUACUUCAUAAAUGGAUGCCAUAAAUUCCAUAGUUAUAUUAUACCGUAUAAUAUAUUAGUUGAGAAUUGUAGCUUAUUUUCAUUUUUUGUGUCAUUCAGACUUUAGUAAAUGAAUGCUAAUCAA